AUGGCGGCGAAGAACUCGGAUGCGUUUGCUCGCAUCAACUUCCUCAUGCAGGCGUCUGCGCUUGCCCUGUCAAAGUUCCCGCAGUCGAAAGAGCUCUCUCGCUUCUACACCACACAUGCCACGCAAAUUGCCCAGAAGAAAGUGCUUCGCUUGCACAAGAGCAUGAAACGGUCCAUCUGCAAGAAGUGCUCCACGUUGCUCCGACCCGGUGUCACGGCUCGUGUCCGCACAGCCCCUCGUCGCGAGAAGCACGUUAUUGUGACCUGCUUAUACUGCGGGAAUAUGAAGCGGUUCCAUUGUUCCACAGUCAACAAGUGGAACAACACGGACACCUUCGUUAGCUCCUAG